GUGUGACAUCACAGCAGGCAGGGCGGGCCUGCCACUGGCUCCACACUUCACUGACCAGGAGCAGCUGGAGGGAGGAGGUGGCCAGGUUUCUUGUUUGAUUCAAAAGUUGUCCACUUGGAGUGUCAGUGGAGACGUGAAGCAGGGGGACUGAGCUGGGGACACGAUUGACAGGUGAGACCCAGUCGGCUGUCGCCUGCCACCUGCAUUCCUGGCACGAACUGAGACUGCAGGCUGCCCUGGAGGUGCUAACUGCUGUCUCCCAGCUUCUCUUGAUCCCUCCCUGUCUUUCAACUGCUACAAUGAGAUAUGCUCCAGAAUUCAAAAAGUCCCCCUCGCAUAUCCUGAAGAAAUUUGCAGUGUGUGACAUUCCUCUGUACGACAUAUGUGACUACAAUGUCACCAGAGAUCGGUGCAAGGAACUCGGGUGCUGCAUUUAUAAAGGCGUCUGCUAUGAAAAAGCAGUUCCCACUUACGUGCAGGUGUUUUCUGCCUUGAUCGUGAUCAUCUCUGGGGCCUUUAUCAUCACCAUUAUUUACAGGCUUGUUCAAGAGAAGAGGAGAGAAAAGGGAGUCUCUACAGAAAAACCUUUGUCAUCCAAGUCCGGUGAUAAAGAGGAGGCCGCCUCCUCCAGUGGGAAGGCGGCAUCGAAAGUUUCGACUGCCAAAACAUCACAGAAGAGCGGGGAGACUGAAGGGCAGGAUACAACAGUGACAAUAAUGGAUGAUGAAGAAAUUGAGGAUUGAAAACUAUGAAAAGAAAAUAUGAAGAUUAGCAUAAGUAGCCAAAUGAAAUGGUGCAGCUAGUGAAUAACGGUUAAAAUGUGUGAUGGAAUGACCACCCAAUGAGAAAAAGAAAUAAAGGGUGGGAUUGGCACUCAGAGUCGCAGGAAGUUCAGGACUUCCCCAGCAGUAAGCUGUGCUAAGGAGAGAAGCAGC